GAGGGGGGGGGAAAACCCAAGCCACCCAAAAAAAGAAAAAAAAAAAUCCAAACCCAACCCAACCCCACACUUAGCGGAAACUUGUCAGAGAAUGCUCCUAAAGUCUGGUUUUCUCCUGCUGCUGCUGAUCAGUGCAUCCGCAUCCUACGAAGCUGAGCAGAAUGACUCUGUGAGCCCCAGGAAAGCGCGGGUGGCAGCCCAGAACUCAGCCGAGGUGGUUCGGUGCCUCAACAGCGCGCUCCAGGUGGGCUGCGGCGCCUUCGCCUGCCUGGAGAACUCCACGUGCGACACGGACGGGAUGUACGACAUCUGCAAGUCCUUCCUCUACAGCGCUGCUAAAUUCGACACUCAGGGAAAAGCUUUUGUGAAGGAAAGCCUGAAGUGCAUCGCCAACGGGGUGACGUCCAAGGUGUUCCUGGCCAUCCGCAGGUGCUCCACGUUCCAGAGGAUGAUCUCCGAGGUGCAGGAGGAGUGCUACAGCAAGCUGGACAUGUGCGGCAUUGCCAAACGCAACCCCGAGGCCAUCACCGAGGUGGUGCAGCUCCCAAACCAGUUCUCGAACCGGUAUUACAACAAACUGGUGAGGAGCCUGCUGGAGUGCGACGACGAGACCGUGAGCACCAUCAAGGACAGCCUGAUGGAGAAGAUCGGGCCCAACAUGGCCAGCCUGUUCCACCUGCUGCAGAGCGACCACUGCGCCCAGGGCCACCCCCGCGCCGACCUCCUGCGCAGGAGGAUCUCGGAGCCGCAGAAGCUGAAGCUGCUCCUCAGGAACCUGCGAGGUGAGGGCUCCGCGCCGGCCCACGCCAAGCGCGGCUCCGCCGAGCGCGCCUGACAGGGGUGGGGGAGGCCGAGCACGACCAAAGCUGAGGGCUCUGCUCUAGGAGAGUGCUGCACCCAAAGCCAGUGGACUGUCGGUAUUUUCACCCCCGGGAGCUGGGUUUAGUUCCUUCGGGCUCGUUUAGUUCGUUCGUCUUUUCCGUUCCUCUUGAACAAAACUUCUGCAUGGGUCUGUGUUCGGUGUCGCGGCUUUCCCGCCAGCCAAACGGCUCCGUCUCUGCUCUUCCCCACAAAAAAUCAGUCAUCCCAAAAAGUCGUCGUCUUAAGUAUCUCCCUGCAUUGGUUGGGCCUUUGGACACCAAACUCUGAAGUUUGGGAGGCCAAGGUUUGUCCCAAACUGUUGUGCUGACACCACCCAGGCCUGGAGAUUCGGCACCGAGGGGAGGAGCCGCUCCUCUCCUGCGGGUGACGAGAGAUGCACUAAAAACUCUCGCACAUCCUAAAAUUAUCCGUGGAACUCAUGUCAUGAAUCUGUGCUGGCCACGGACGAACAUGAAUGUCACCUUCCUGGUCCUGUAGUGUCACCCUUAGUCCCGAUCCUUCCAGCAGAGCUCUGUGAACACGUUUAAACCCGGAUUUACCAAACUCGCUGGAUGGUUUUAGUCGCCAGGACCUGGCACCACGGCACAAAAUGAGUUCAAACCACCCCACAAACCCCAAAAGCAGGAGAGGGACGUGUUCCACCAUUGCAAGAGGUGCCAGGCUGUGGCUGGAGCUGGUCAGGAGGUCCCAUAAUCGUGCGUUGUAUUUCAAAGCUCACAUCUCUGUACUGUAUUUAACUGCCUAAAGCUUUAAACGAAGCCUAACAGAAACAAAGCCUGUCUUAAGAUUAGAGUAUUAAAGGCCUUGCUCUAACUGUGGUAUAAAUAGUGCUGAAAUCUGUCUGUACUGUACAUAAACUCCACCAGAGUCUGCUUCACAGGAGCAGAACAGAAUAACUUUAUUGCCUAAACUCAAUUUUGUAAGCCAGCUCUUUCCUGAUUCGUUUUGUUCUUCCUGGGAGCAGCAUCUCUGUCGUAGUCCAGAGUUCACGUCCUACUCCGUGGCCUUUUUAGAAAAGAAGAGGGGAAAGGUUUCGGUCAGGAAUUGCAGGGCCAGGAACAGCCGUUCAGAGCUAAAAUUGAGGACAAUUCCAUAAAAAACCCAAGUUCAGGCUGGUCAGUCCUGUCUCCGCAGGGCUGCCGGGAGAUGCACUUAGACCCAUGCUGGGAAUUUCAGGAAUUAUCAAGACACUUUGGGAAUCUCACAGGGCAAAGCUCCCGUUCGGAUUUCUGGGGAAAGGCAGGGAAAAUCCUUCCAUUCUCUCAAGCUCCAGCAGGAAAGCUGAGGACAUGGAAUGAGCACUCUGGGAGCUGCCUUUCCUCCAUCCUCCUCAGCGGGCUCUGGGAAGAGGAGCAGAGCUGGGAGACCCCAAACCCGCUCCCCCCCAUAGCCAGGCUGUGGUGAGCCAAAAAUUCCCCUUUGUGGUGUGGGAUCCGCCAGGCCAAUCCCAAAUCCAUCCCCUGGAGUCUCUGCAGGGUGGGUGACUCUUCCUUGGCUCGUUGGAGAGCUGAUAAAGGAGGGAUCUCCUUUUCUUUCGGAGACCUGAAGCAAUAGAACUUCAUUUUCUCGUGUUGUUUGGAAAACCACAAAGCCUUUAAACCAGAACCUGCUGCUAAAAUAUUGAAACCAGAUGCCGUGGCAGCGUUUCAGAGGUUGCUGUCUUCACGAAACACAGCCCAAAAGUGCUGGCAGAGAAUUGGAAGCAGCAAAAAAAUGUUGCUGACAUUGGUGGAGGGUCAGAAUUCUGAAAUUUUUUUGGGAUACUCCGAACGGAGCCAUCCAAGGCAAGGAAGAUGCGAAGUUGCUCCUUCCUAAAUCAGGCAGGGAUUGAGAGGCCGACACAAAGAAGUUCUGAGAGGUGAAAGCCAAAAGCUCCUGGAAUAUCCCAACCCUGAAUUUGGGGUUAUAUUUAGGAAUUGAUCCCAGGGGCGCAUCCCUAACUUCCCACCCCACAGCUGUUGGGAGCCAGGGAAUUCCGCUGGGCUUUGUGCAUCCAGUCCUUGCUCCUGUUUGGGAAUUGGUCACAGAAACUCCUUCCCUGCCUUGGGGCAGUGGCCAGACCCCACCUGGGAGGCUCUGCCAGUGCUCCCGAGCACCCACUGGGAAUUCCCAAAUCUUCCACGAGCUCUCCCAGGACACCUGGCAGCCCCCGCCUUCCAUGGGGAUGGAUAUUCCUCAUGGAAAGCAGCUUCUCCACCCACCCGUUUCUCUGGAACCCCAAAGAAGUUGCCUAAAGCAGAUUUGGGGCCGGGGAGAAGCCUUGGACCUCCCAAUCCCAUCUUUUUUGGGGGUGCCAUCCUUAAAUUUCCCUUUCCAGUAGUGAUUUAAACUUUUUCUCCUGAAUAUGGGUGGGAAGAGGAGUGGGAAAAUGAUUCCCCCUGGCGGGAUUUGCUGUGGUGCCACAGGGAAUUCCCAGGGAAUCCAACCAAGGCUCUGCCGUGCCCCAAAGAGCCACAAUUCCCAAUUUUUGAGCUGCUUUGAGGCCACUUUUGUCCCUGUGAAGGAGUAGGAAGGAAUUUGGGAACACUCCUCCCUCCCCUCACCUGAGCUGGGCACUGCCUGCCCGGGAGAGGGGAUUUGGAGGCAGGAGAGGCUCUUCCCAUCCCUGGGGAAGGAUGGAACGGUUUGGAUUGAGGUGUGAGAGAUCCCUUGGGAUGGGGAAGGAUCCCCACGACCAAGUCCAGCAAUUUCACCUCGGAGUUCAUCUCCGAUGCUUGAUUUUUUUAGUCUCACGUGGGGAUUUUCUCUCGGGGGCGGGGAGGGGCUUCUCUGGGACGGUUUGCAUGAAUCUCGUCGCGAUUUGUUUGCACUUUAGAUGUUGUCGUGCCAUUCUAAAUCUGCGUUAUUUGUAUUUAUAAUUUAAAGAGACCUAGAAAAGGGAAAAGGGAGAGAGUUUGGGUUGGUUUGGUUUUUUUUUUUUUUGGAGGGGGGUGGGUUUUGGGUUGUUUAUUUUUUUUUUCUUGCUGAGUACUGGAAUAAGCAGUGAGCAUAUCUGGUAUAUGUCCUUAUUUAUUGUUUAAAUGACAUUUGUAAAGCUCCGUGCGUUCGUUAAAGGUUAUUUGAGACAUAUCAUAGCCAGGAGAGAGAGAGGCAAGUUAUUUUCUUUGCUUAUUUUUAUAAUUAAAGAUGCACAACCUAAUGAAGCCUACGUUGGAUUUUCUUCUGCCAUGAAAUAAAAUGUCCAAUUUAAGGGG